AUGUUCGAACACGGACGGCCAUACCACCGGUUCGCGCCCGCCGACUUGACCGCCAGCGUCGCCGUCGGCGCCGAACCUUCUAGAAGCCGCCUGGCACUUCGCCUAGCGCUUCGGUCGCACGACGGCGACACCGGCCCAGCUUCGGUGACUUGCACUUUUUGUCCAUCUCUAACCGUUGGCACGACGCCUUUUCCGCGUCGCCGUGCCCCCAAUUUUUAUGUGUGCGUCGCUGUCACGUGUGCGUGCCCAAAACCUCGUGGUUUUCCGUUUCCACCGAGCUUGAACUUAUUACCUACCUGUGUGCCGCCGUUCAUAGUUGAGCGAGCCGCCACGAUUGCUGUGUGCCGCCGCUAA